AGUAAUACUACACAGAGUACGUCCCAUUUUAAGAUGGCGGCGCCCAUGUGCAGGGAACUGGGACGACUGCAGCUAUUACUUCAACGCAUCAAUACUUUGCAACUGUAUUCUCCAAGCCGCUGUAUUCAGACAACGUCAGUCUGCCUUAAGAACCGAGCUGCCCGUGUGAAAGUUGGGAAAGGUGACAAACCAGUGACAUAUGAAGAGGCACAUCCUCCUCACUACAUAGCACAUAGAAAGGGGUGGUUGUCCCAACACACAAGUAAUUUGGAUCAAGAAGGAGGGGCUGCCGGGCGCACCAUUGAGGAUGUUUUUAUUCGAAAGUUUAUUUUUGGUACUUUCCAUGGCUGCCUUGCCAAUGAGAUAGUGAUAAAACGACGAGCCAACCUCGUCAUAAUCUGUGCUAUUUUCAUCCGUAAAAUCCCACCACAGAAGUUCUAUUUUCUAAUUGGAUACACUGAAACUCUGCUCUCAUAUUUCUAUAAAUGCCCUGUCAAAAUGGAGGUGCAGACUGUUGAUGAGAAAGUGAUUUAUAAGUACAUUUAGAUCAAGAGCAUUGAGUAACGGGUCUUUCUCUUAAAGUGAAAGUAAACCAUAUCAGUACAAAUUGCUGAAGGCUACAUUAAAGGUAAAACUGAAGCUAUACACCUGUGUUCUUUAAUCCCUUAACGACAGCCCACGAAACCCUGUACAUCAGCUCUCAUUUAAAUAGCGGGGCUCUUACGACAUCGGUGAGACCACGCUAUUUCCGAAUACUUCCUGGAGUGAAGCUUGUAGCAAUAGCGCAUCUCACUGCUUUUGGGGAUACUCAAUAUAUUACAAGGCUGAAAACCUCUUAAGGACAUGCAAUGUAAGGGUAUGUCAGUGUCAUUAAGGGGUAAAUAUUUGUUAACCAUAUGUGGUUAUUUCAUAGUUUCACAAUCUGCAAUUUGUACUGAUUUGUUUUAAUAUUCCCUGUGCCUGUGUUUGACUACUGCAGGAUUUAAAAUGUAUUGAUUUUGUAGAUCAGCUUAUACCCCUGGUGUUUAAUUUUGAUUUAGUUUUUUUGUAAUAUAUUGUUUAAAUUACAUUAUAUUAGCGUAAUGUUGUUCCUUUUGCACAAUCAUUAAAUGGAGCCUGCUAAUAGAACAAUAUGAAA